AUGGGGGUUGUGAACGGUGGUAAGAUGAAGUGCGAUGAUGAUGAAGGUGGCCUGUUUGAUGGUAGUGAAGGUUAUGUGACAACAAAGUUUACUGAUGGUGUUGUGAUGUUCGAUAUUCGGGUUUCUAAAGGAGAUAUGCAAGAGAAGAGAAAGGCAGAGGUGUUUAGCAGCGACUGUAAUGGUCUCAGUGGUCAAGGUGUGGUGGGUAACUGCGUCGAAUAUGGGAGGAAUUUUAGAGUAUUUAAUAGAGAGGGAGAGAGUUCAAGGAGAGAAGAGAUGGCGACUCAUCUAGGACCGAUUCAAUUGGCAAAAUCUGAGGAAGACGGGUUCUUCUUUGACCAGUUCAAUUUGAAGAAGAAAGCCAAAGCCUAUUCUUUCUCCACUCCACUUUGCCCUACUCCCCCGUUUCCCCCUUCUCAGCUGAGCCUGUGCUAUCAGUCAAAGCUCUCUCUCUUUCUCUCAGGUGCUUUAUUUCCUAUGGCGUUUGCAAAUUUUCAUGGACUUAGAGCUCUGCAAAUUUCUUCACGAGAAAGCAUUUUCAACCAUGGAAGCUGCCACACACGAACUGAUACAUCCAACAGUAGAUGUUUUGCUGUCAAGGCUUGCAGUAAGAAACCUGAUCAAAACAUUCAUCUUGAAUCUAAGUUAAAUUGGGUGUUGGACAGUGUGAAAUGGGAUGAAAAGGGUUUGGCUGUGGCUAUAGCUCAAAAUGUUGAUUCAGGGGCAAUUUUAAUGCAAGGAUUUGCCAAUAGGGAUGCACUUGCUACCACAAUUGCUUCCAAAAAAGCAACUUUUUAUAGCAGAUCAAGAUCUUCAUUGUGGAUAAAAGGAGAAACUUCUCUUAAUUUCAUCAAUGUUCAUGAUAUCUUCCUUGAUUGUGAUCGUGAUUCUAUUAUAUAUCUUGGAAAACCCGAUGGGCCCACUUGUCACACUGGAGCUGAAACUUGCUAUUACACAUCCGUUUUUGAUGCCUUAGAUCAUCAACCACAGGUUGAAGAAAAUAAUAAACUGGCAUUGACAACAUUGUACUCAUUGGAAUCCACACUUUCUAGAAGAAAGGAAGAACUUUCAUCUCCUCAACAAGGCAAACCAUCUUGGACAAAACGCUUGUUGCUUGAUGACAAACUAUUAUGCAAAAAGAUCCGGGAAGAAGCAGAUGAGCUUUGCAGAACACUAGAGGAAAACGAGGAUGAAUCACGAAGUGUGUCAGAGAUGGCAGACGUGUUGUAUCAUGAAAUGGUGUUGUUAAUUCGCAGAGGAUUAAAAUUUGAAGAUGUUCUUGAGUUAGUUAAUGGAGAUGAGGUUUACGCUAGAAAUAAUGUGAAAAACUAUGGUUUAAAUCUUCCUCUUAACAUUGACCAUGAAAUGGGAAGAGGAAAUGAAGUGCCAGUGGGUUAUGAAAAAAAAGUUUCGGUUACUGAUAAAUUUGUAUCUGAUAAUGAUACUUUUGUAUCAGAUAAUGAUAAAGAAGCAAAAAUGGGCAUGGCUGAAUUACAACGUCAAAAUUUGUUUGAGUUUGGAAAAGUUCCUGAAAUUGAUGAUCGAAGAUGUGAGGAAAAAUCAAAUGAAGGGUGGUCGGAUGAUGAGUACAUGCAACGAAAAACUGCUUUUAAUCCAUGGUAUUGUAUUCCUUCUAUUCCUGAUUGUCCAGAACCUAUUCUUGAACCUGUACCAUUUCACAGUUUAGGUCCGAAUGAUAAAUUAAUUGUCAAUCAAACCUAUAAUACCAAAAAAGACCUAGCAUUUGCUGAUAAAUUCAAAGUCGUUAGAGAAAAGUUUCAGAUAAAGGUUGAAAAAUCUUCAAAAUCUCGGUAUCAGAUAUGUGCUUUCAGAGAGUGUUGUAGAAAAGUUAUUAUUAUGGAUGGUGCUAAUUUGAAGGAAAAAUACAAAGGCAGCAUCUUGCAUGCAGUAACCAUGGAUAACAAUAAUCAGAUAUUACCUAAUGGGUAUGGAAUUUUCCCAAAAGAGACUAUGAAUUCUUGGACAUGGUUUCUUGAAAAACUACAUGAACGCAUCGGUGAUGUGGAAGGUCUGGCAAUGGUCACAGAUAGGGCACCCGUAAUUGCUCUGGUAAGAGCUUACAGAACCACUGAGUUUGAAUUCUAUUGGGGGAGACUUCGUAAUAUAAGAGAUGAUGUAGCAAUAUAUCUCAGUCAAAUUCCACGUGAGAAAUGGACCAAAGCGUAUUAUCCUACCAUGAGGUAUGAUUAUAUGACCUCAAAUAGUGUGGAGUCCACGAAUGUUGUAUCAAAUAAAGCAAGGAAGUUGCCUAUAUUACCACUUCUUGAGUUCUUUCACACACUUAUGCAGAAAUGGUUUUACAAACUACAGAUGGAUGCAUCCAGACAACCAAUGGAUACAAUAGACCGAACAUCAAUGGCAGCAGCAGCCAGACAACCAAUGGAAACAACAGAGAACAUCAAUGGCAGCAGGAGCUACAUAACCAAUAGACGCAAGGGACCGAAUAUCAAUAGCAGGAAGAGCCACAUAACCAAUGGGAGGGUUGCACUGAGUACCAAUGGCUGCAAGAGCCAGAUAACCAAUGGACGCAAGCGACAGUAA